AUGCUCAACACAAUUUGCCAAUCACCCUCUACCAAACUCUCUCCAGGGAAGAAAUUCAAACUUUCCCUCCAAAACCAAAACCAAAACAAUAAACAACCACUCCACAUUGUCGGAACCAUCAAUGCAUUUACAGCCUUGUUAGCAGAAGAAUGUGGUCAUCAGGCAAUUUAUUUGAGUGGAAGUGGUGUGGCCACAGCUAGUUUUGGAUUACCAGACAUGGGAAUGACUAAUUUGAGUGAUGUUUUGGAGGAUGCAAGGAGAAUUACAUCAUGUACUAAUUUGCCAUUACUUGUGGAUGUGGAUACUGGAUUUGGAGGAGUUUUGAAUGUGAUGAGGUGUGUAAGAGAGAUGGAACGAGUUGGAGUAGCAGCUAUUCAUAUUGAGGAUCAAAUUCAAAGUGUGAAACGUUGUGGACAUUUACCUAAUAAGCAAAUAGUUAGUACGGAGGAAAUGGUGGAGAAAAUUAAGGCAGCUUGUGAAGCUAGGGUGGAUUCGGAUUUUGUCAUUAUUGCUAGAACUGAUGCGUUGGCAGUUGAAGGAUUGGAAAAGGCAAUUGAAAGAGCAAAACAGUAUGUGAAUGCUGGUGCAGAUAUGUUGUUCCCUGAAGCAUGCACAACUCUGGAAGAGUAUAAAGCCUUUGUAGAGCAAGUAAAUGUUCCAAUUUUGGCCAAUAUUACAGAAUUUGGUAAAACACCUCUGUUUACUGGAGAAGAAUUGGCUAGUGUUGGUGUUUCAAUGGUUCUCCACCCAUUGAGUGCAUUUAGAGCUAUGGCUAAAGCUGCAAAGAAUGUGUACGAAUCAAUUUCCAAGAAUGGAACUGUUGAACCUGUACUUUCUACAAUGCAAACUAGAAGCGAGCUCUACGAAAUUAUAGAAUAUAAAAAGUAUGAAGAAAAGAUGGAAAUGAAAUAA